AUGGCGACUGAAAGCAUUGCCAAGCCGAAGGGCAAGGAGAGGAUUCGAUUUUUAGUUGACGAAACCAAUCGUGAUCAUGAGCCUUAUGCCGACCUGGCGCUGUACAUGGUGGAGCGCUACAUCAGCGCGAAGACCAGCACCCUCAUCAUCAUGGAGAAUUGCGAGCACUGUUUACCGGGAUUGCAAAAUAUGCAUACGCGUAUGUUGCGCUACUUUCUGAAGCGCUUCAACCCCACCAUGUCGCUGCAGCUGUUCUUCGGACUGCCCGAGGAUAGAUUGUGGGACUACAACAUUUUCAUUGUAGACUCCAUGCACGCCUUCAAUUUGGAGCACGACCGCCUCUUUUCGCGACACUUGCAUGAUUUCCACGGCUGUCCGCUGUUAAUUUGCUUGGAAUUGGGCUAUCCCUUACUCGGAUUUCAUGGCAAUCUUAGCGACCCGCAGGAUUUGCAGAACAUUCACCUAGUGGCCGGAAUUGAAGGCGAUUUACUAAGGGAUCUGGCUAAAGCAAUUAAUUUUCGCGUUAAAUUUUCCAUAUCGCGUGAACGAGGGUUGGCUGCCGGAAAGGCGGACCUCGCAAUCGGCUGCUUGAGUAGUACGGAUGGCUUACGUCACGUUUUCAGCUACUCCCUCUCGUACUAUCAAAGUCUGUAUGUCUUUAUCGUGCGCAGUGGCUUGCAUUUUGGACCCAUCAAGCAACUGGCACAGGCCUUCUGCGCGAAUGUUUGGCAGGCGAUUGGUGCUUGCUGUAUUAUCGGCAUGAUUUUCAUUCGUUUCAUAAUAAGUUGCACCAGUUCGGCAGUAUGCGAGAAAUUGAUCGGGCAACGCAAACACAGUGACUCAACCAAUUUGAUUGUUGUAAUGAUGGGGAAUCCUAUUAAAAUUUUACCGCGUCGGAAUUGUGCCCGAUUAUUGCUUAUGUCCUGGCUAUUGGCAACGCUGGUGCUGCGCAAUGCAUAUCAAGCCAAAUUGUUUGAUAGUUUGCGCAUUUCCAAACGUAUACCGAUACCGCGCACCAUUUCCGGGUUGGAAGCACAAAAUUAUAUACUCGUCACCGAUAAGUAUGUAGAGUUCUAUCCGAGUAAUAUGACGCGAAUUAUAUCUAAUAUUACGCAACGGUAUCGCAUGGUGCAGCAGAGUGAAAGAGAACGCUUCAUCACUACUUCCAUGCUGGACACAUUGUCCUGGCAUAAUCGACAAAAUUGGAAAACCAGCUGCUUGACAUAUAUCGAGGAACCAAUUUAUAACGUACAGAUAUCUAUGUAUUUCAAGAAACACUCUAUUUUACGUUCGAUUUUCGAUUACCGCAUCAAGCAACUGAGUUGGGGUGGCAUUACGUCAUACAUUGGAGAGAAGCAUGUGAAGAAGCAAUUCCAGCCUGUACUCAGUUUGCACUGGAACUACUGGCCAGAAGAUCGUCAAGUGUUAAACGAACCAUGA